AUGCACGCACUCCGCAACAACACAUACGUUCCAGUAAUACACUCACCACUCGCGUCGAGCUCUUCAGCUGCUCAACUACCAACACCUCCAUCGUCGUUUUUAUCACGCGGCAACGCUCAGAGCAGAAUAAGCAGUCGGUACACAAGUAUCGUGAAGCCGACCAACCAACAACGCUUCAAUGGCAAAAAGUUUAGAAAAGAGUGUGCUGAACGUAUUAAAGCGUCGAGAGCUUUGACAGUUAGUCAACGACGAGAGGGGUUGUCUGAUAUUCAGGGAGUAGUUGACGCGGAACAAUCGAUACAACAAAUGUGGAUGCAGUUCCAAAAGCAACAUGCUUUGUACAAUUUAUGGUAUGAGCCAGAAGAUUACGAAGAAUUAUUACAGGAAAUUUCUCAAGAAUCAUUAAUGUAUGAACAACAACACGUGACGAAGAUUAAUAAUUAUGACGAUAUGAUGAUUGAUGACAAAGGCGUCGACGAUGAAAAGGAAAUCGAGUUUGCGUUAAUGAUGAAUGAUGAAGAAUACCUAAUAAAUGAUAUGUGA